AUAACAAUUUGUCUUUUUAUCUCAAAUUCAAUAAUAUCAACUGCAUAUAAUAGAUCGACGUGGCGAAAAUAUACAAAAAUAUCAACGUAAGACCGGAACUGAUGAUUCAGUAGACAUUUUUACAGACAACUAGUAGUAAUAAUGAAUUCGUUUGCGGCCUUUUGUACUUACUUGUUUAUACUUAGUGAUAUUUGGAAUAUAUUUGAAUGCAAAGUAGGAUUUCAUAAAGACAUGUCUAUGGAUAUUGCAUUCCCACCGGUCAUCAAGCAUACAUCAUCAUCUGCCAUCCCACUUGGACAUCUGAGACCUUUAGGAUAUCAACGGAAACCAGCUGGUAAAGUGAAAGAAAUCUUAGACAUGCCCGAUGCCCAUUCAUUUGAGAUGAAAUAUGUCAAACAAAGUCGACCUGUUGUAAUACGGGAAGCACUAAAAGACUUACCGGUAUUUAAUACUUGGAAAGAAGAUAAAUAUUUAAAGGACAAAUUUGGUAAUCUGAGUAUAACAACAACAAUAAAGAAACAGUUACAAAGACGAGUUCAGAGCCUUAUGCAGUUCAAAAAAUUUCUUCUAGAUUAUAUGUACGAUGACUGGUGGCUUGCGACCACGAUGCCAAAAGAAAUGGCAGAUGAACUUCCUCUUCCCGACUGUUUACGGUGUGGCUCCUACAGACAAAGAUUACAGGAAGCAGAACUGUGGAUGAGCAGUGGCGGGACAGCUUCAUUACUCCAUAGUCAUGACGACCAUAACAUACAUUGUGUUCUGUUUGGAAGGAAAGAUUUUAUUGUGAUAGAUGAACAAUACAAAUCGUCUUUUGAUUAUACAGAGAAGUACCACAAUGCCGGCUCUGGAUUCUCCAAGUUAGACAUGGAUAUGAUAAACAUGUUCAAAAAUAAAGACAUCGCUAAUAUACCAUGGUCGUAUGCCACAAUAAAUCAGGGAGACUGUAUACUCAUCCCAGCUGGUUAUUUACAUCAGGUCAGGUCAUAUGGUCGUGGUAUUUCCUUCAGCAUAUUAUUUGCUCCAUCGAAGGUGUUUGAUUCAUCAGAUUGUAAGCUUACCACUGAUGAAAAUGGACAGAAGAAAGAAGAAAAAUUGUCUGAUGCAGCAUAUGUUUGGGUUGUUAGAGAUUCUAAAAGGCAAAUAUCUGCAAAGAACAUGGAACCAUCUAUUUUGAAGAAAUACCUUGAUAUAUUAUUGAGGGCUGAUGAUGAAAUUCACUAUGAAAAAUUUGAACAUUUCUUUGAAGAUGCUUUGGAACAGUAUCCUGACCAUACCUCAGCCAGAGAGGCAUUCGAUGUUCUAACAGAUAAACCUGGACAGACAGAGCUGACCAGAGACCAAUUGGAAAAUAUAAAACCCAACAAACUCGUACACCUUUCUAGAAUAUUUAAUGAUGCACGUACCAAACAAGGCAACUUUGUACGUGACGAACUUUAAACAAUAAUAUUAAAA